UGUUUUAGACUGAUGUAGUACAGAGAAACAAGACUCACCUCUGAAGCUCCUAAGCAGCUACACCUUCACUACCUGACCCGCAGGUUGAUUAACCCCUCUGCAUUCAAGGACCUUUCAGCUACAAGAAAGUUCUUCUUUUUAACAAAGAUCAUUUGCAAAAGAAAUUGAAAACAUGAGACCUACAUGCAUAUAUAGAAUAUUUAUGAUGAGUCUGCUGCCAUACCUAUUUCCUGGACAAAAACUUGUUAAUAAUGAUGCACAAGCUGGAUGCCGAACUGCCGUGAAUGACUUAGUUUUCAUUGUGGAUGGAUCAUGGAGUGUCAGAUACAAAGACUUUGAUACUGCCAAGAACUGGCUACUGAAUAUAACAAGCAGUUUUGAUAUUGGUCCCUCAUAUACUCAGGUGGGAGUGGUACAGUACAGUGACUUUCCCCAACUGGAGAUACCUCUUGGGCAUAAUACUUCAUACCAGCAACUCUUAAGUGCCCUGAAAAGUAUUAAAUAUUUGGGAGGAAAUACUAAUACAGGACGUGCAAUCAAAUUUGCCACCGAAGAAGUUUUUCCUACUUCUAAAAGGCUGAAUGUCUCCAAAAACAAAAUUGCAAUUGUCAUCACCGAUGGCAAGUCUCAAGAUAAUGUAGUUAAUAUUUCCUCAAGUGCCAGAGCUCAGGGUAUUAUUUUGUUUGCUGUCGGAGUUGGAUCUGAAAUAACAAAAUCUGAACUGGUUGCAAUAGCUAACAUGCCCUCUACUCACUAUGUGCUCUAUGCUGAGGACUAUACAACCAUUGACAGAAUUAAGGAAACAAUGAGACAGAAGAUUUGUGAAGAGUCAGUAUGUCCUACUCGAAUUCCGGUGGCUUCCCGUGAUGAAAAAGGGUUUGAACUUCUUGUUGGAAUGAAAAUUAACACAAAAGGUCAACUAGUAAUGGGUUCUUUGGCUUCAGAAGAAGCCUACCUGCUUACAUCCAAUGUGGACAUAACUGAAAAUACAAGAGACAUAUUUCCUGAAGGACUUCCGCCAACGUAUGUGUUUGUGGCAACCAUACGUUUGAAGUCUCCUGGGAACAACCAGAUUAUUGACCUUUGGAGAAUAUUUUCCAAGGCUGGGGAAGUACAGGCAGCUGUAACUCUGAAUGGGAUAAAUAAAUCAGUGCUCUUUACUGCAGUGAAGAUAAAUACAGAUGCCCAAGUUGUUGUUUUUGGUGAUCCGAGGCUAAAGGAUGUUUUCAGUGAAGACUGGCACCAGCUGAGAAUUGUUGUGAAAAAUAAAUACACAGUGCUGUACCUGGAUGAUGAACGUAUUCAGAGCCAUCCCCUUGAAGAAACUGGACCAAUUUUCAUCAAUGGCAAAACACAAGUGGCAAAACAGUGGAAGACAGAUGAAACAGUAACUAUGGAAAUACAAAAACUAAGACUGUACUGUGAUCCAGAACAGAGUGAGCGCGAGACAGCCUGUGAAAUCUACUCUGUGGAUGAUCCAAGGUGCCCUCUUGAACGAAAACAACCUAUAUCAAUAUGCCAGUGUCCUGAAGGCCCACCCGGGGCUCCAGGGCCAGAGGGCCUUAAAGGGAAUGCAGGUGUAAAAGGAAGCCCAGGUGCUGAUGGGAAACCUGGAUUGCCUGGUCCCCAGGGACCACCUGGAAGACAUGGGCCAUCGGGAGCAAAGGGUGACAAUGGUGGUCCUGGACCUAAAGGAGAUCGAGGCCUCCCUGGAUCACAAGGCUUACCUGGAGAAAUUGGUUUGCAAGGACCACAAGGAUCCAAGGGUUCUAUAGGACCUACAGGACCACCAGGAGAAGCUGGAACUCCAGGCAACAAGGGAAAUAAAGGCGAUCACGGAUUACCUGGGCCACCAGGAGUUCAGGGAAAGGUAGGGGAGCCAGGAUUACCUGGAAGAACUGGAAACCAAGGACCAAAAGGAUUAAAGGGAGAACAAGGUCAGCCAGGCCAGCCUGGAACUGAUGGGUCUCAGGGGAUGCCGGGUUUUACUGGUUCUACCGGUCUCCCUGGCCCUGUAGGUUUAAAAGGAGAAAAGGGUGCACCUGGUCUGAAAGGUAAUCCUGGAUCACCAGGCCCAAAGGGAGAACAUGGAUUACCUGGGCCCACAGGAGCGGAAGGACUACAAGGAAUAAAAGGUAUUCCAGGUGAGCUUGGACCAAAAGGAUCCCAAGGAUUUUCAGGACCAAAGGGGGGUAAAGGAGAGCAAGGACUGCCUGGUUUGGAUGGAUCCAUGGGACUCCCAGGACUCAAAGGGCAUAAGGGAGACAGUGGUGAUGAUGGAUUAAAAGGUGAAUUGGGAGAAAGGGGAGAAAUGGGGCAACCAGGAAGUCCUGGGUUAAAGGGUGAAGAAGGCAGGAAAGGAACAAAAGGUGAGAGAGGUGAUACUGGUUACACUGGUCCUAAGGGUACAGAUGGCAAGAAAGGAGAAGCUGGUUCUUCAGGUCCUCCUGGGUCUCGUGGCUUUCCAGGUGAAACAGGACAACAAGGAAGAUCUGGACUGCCAGGCAUUCCUGGAAAACCUGGAAAAUCUAUAUCGGAGGACUACAUUAUAAAGUUGUGCAGUAAUGUUUUGCAAGAACAGUUACCUUUCUUACUCCAGUCUAUGAGACCAAGCUGUUUACCAUGUGAAGGAAAACAAGGUGCACCAGGGUUACCAGGCAUACAAGGCAGAGCUGGUGACCCAGGACCAACUGGAUUCCCAGGAAGGACUGGUAGAACUGGCUAUCCAGGUCUUCAGGGUUUGCCAGGUUCACCAGGAAGAAAAGGGGACACUGGAGAAAGAGGGGAAAAAGGAUCCAAAGGGGAAGUUGGCAGAGGACAGCCAGGCCAACCAGGACCAAUAGGCCUACCGGGAUUAAAUGGGAGUAAUGGAGAAAGCCUACCUGGUCCUCCAGGUAACCCAGGAAAAAAUGGUGUCCCUGGCGCACAUGGGAAGCGUGGCCUGCCCGGAUCUCCUGGUGUCUGUGACAUCUCUUCCUGUUUCUCUGCAUAUGGCAUGAGGAAUAAUCCAUUCAUCAAAGGACCAAACUUCUGAAGCAGGAAAGCUUGUUCAGUGAUCAUUUUUUACGACUCAAGGGAAGUGGCUGGAUUUGCUUAAUUUACAGCCGUGGUUUUUACAGCCCGUACUUUUGCACUGAAACUUUCAUAUUUUCCUACUCCUUUUCAGAAACUGUAAAUAAAAACUGAACUCAGAUCUGGGACCUUUCAGCCACAGAACUUUAAAUGUACAUUUGUUCUUUACAAAAUACAGGACAGACUGUAGGAAGUGGAGGGUGUAAGACAAUUGUCUGCUGUGACUGCUGGUAUGUUGAAUGCAAUAUACUUUAUUCUAAAGGAUAACCAUUAUGCAAUAAAUGAUACUGUACAGGACUUACUACAACGGCCUCAAAGUACAGCAGCAGUAUGAAAGUGAGGAUGAAUGCUUCUGUAUGUUCUUGUCCCAUACAUUAAUAUCUCUCUAAUCUUGGUUGGACAUCUCCCUGGUGAUGCCAUCACUAAUGAAAUGAUGGCUGAAGAACACAUUUGGGCUCCUGUACCUCCAGGAUGGUAAUGAGUCCUAAUAAUCAAAAAUUAGUAUAUCUAAAAAAAAAGUAGAUAAUAGUUUUUUAACUUAAAGGCAUGCACACUGCCCUUUUAGGGGUCCAGGAUUAAAAGAGUGGAUCAUCGCUAUGAUCAGAUUGGAAAAACUAGCACCAUGUACGGCUGUCAUAAGGUAUACCAUCAUUGUUUAAUAUUUCUAUAUUCUGUGUAAACAUACAACAAACUAGUUAUACACUGUCCUAACUGCAAGUAAAUUGUUACUUACUGUGUUAUGUACUGAGGCAGAAUAACUGGGACAGUCACUUACUGUGGGGCUUUGAGAUGUUUAUUUUUAAGAGCUUAUUAAGUGCAUAUAUUUAUAUUUAUUAAGGCUAGAUACCAAACUAAACUCAUUUUAAUGCAGUAUGCAUUGCAAACUUGAAAGUGUGAUAUGAAGUUGACUGGAUUUUGAUCAGCAUUACAUUCUUUUUUACCAAUAGUUUUUAACUUACAGUAAGCUAUUUUCCUCGGAACGUGAGUACUGUAAAUGUGAGAUUCAAAAAGAAUAGUUUGCAGCAGUGCCACGGCCCCAUAUAAGUAGGGGAAAUUUAAUAAAGGGGUGGUUCACCUUUGAGUUAACUUUUAGUAUGUUGUAGAAGGGCCAGUUCUAAGCAGCUUUU